AUACAUCGAUCAGAUGAUAAAGUAGUACAUACACAGUUACGCAAAAGUAAAAAUGGCGUACGACUAAGUGAAAACAGUGAGAGUAACGCGUAAAGGCUAACAGCGGCGUUUGCGGAGUUUUCAUCGCGGACUGCAGAUCAAAUUUGUGUCCAAGAAGACGGCGGCCUACGGCGUGGCUCGCAUUAAACCCAGUAUUUGUGAGUAAUCGUGCCUUGGACGAACGAAGACGAAGCAAAGUGAACGCAUUUUCGCUUAGUCUCUAGUCGCUCCACUCCAGUGCAAGCGUGAGGAAUGCCAGACAACAGUUAGAUUCGGUCUCCUGAUUUUUCGAGUGUACAAACCAGUGAGUAACCGUACGGGGUGUUCCCAAUUUGUGCUGUGUUUUGUGCCAUAAGUCUCUUAUCUAACCACCUAGUGCAAUAUUUACUACCCAUGUGAUACGAUGUGAUGUGUUACGUUUCUUUUAACGGAGUAACUGGAGCUCAAUUCAAUAUAAUCGCCGUGUGGAUUAUGCAGAGAGAACCCACAAAGGUGCAGCACAAUCAAUUCGAAUUUUGUGAACAAGAAGGAUGUGAAGGACCUUUUUAACGUUUUAUAUGACCGGAGAAAUGACGGGAUCGCAUUUUCUUCCAUUAGUUCUCCUGUAGUUACCAUAACUAGGCAAUAAAUAAAACUACAAAUCUCACAGUAAAAAUGGAUCUCGCUUGCGCAUACCUCUUCCUGAUUUGGACGGCAUUCACGCUGGCAGACACGGACUGGACAAACGACUGUAAAAAAUGCGAGUGCAGGUGGGUGAGCGGCAAAAAAACAGCAUUCUGUUCGAACAAGAACUUGAACGAGAUACCUAAAGACCUACCCAGUAGCGUCAGAGAAAUCGACUUCUCGAACAAUUCUCUAUACAGUCUCGGAAGCUACGAAUUCGCAAAUGCCAAUCUCCGUAAUAUCCACAAGUUGAAGUUCCAGAACUGCAGCAUAGAAAUAGUGAACGAGUCAGCCUUCAACGGUCUGGGUGUGUUGAUUGAGUUGGAUCUGAGCAGAAACAGAAUAGGCGUAUUAAGCAAAGACGUUUUCCGCGAUAACAUCAAACUGCGAAUAUUGAUACUAAGCUACAACAAGAUAAGAGUUCUAGACGACGGUCUGCUCCACAACAUGACUUACCUGCAGAAAGUUCUUCUGAACAACAAUAACAUCGAAGCGAUAACCCCUACAACUUUCCAGAACCUUCCAGUGUUGAACCACAUAGACCUGGCCUUUAACAGGAUUCAAAGAAUUACUUUCGAUUUAAAGGAAUACGUUGUAAAGCUGAUGAGUUUAAAUGUAGAAGGCAACCCCUGGAUAUGCGACUGUAACUUACAAGCGUUCCGCCAGAGCACUCUUAAGAGUAAUUUAAUUACGAACCCCACCGAAUGCGAGAGCCCGACUAAAAUGAAGGGCAGGAUGUGGCAAGAUUCCAUGGUUUUCGCUUGUAUCCCUGAAAUCAUAUAUCCGAAACCUCUGGCGCAGAUUGAAGCAACCUAUUCCAAUAUAACUCUAACAUGUAAGGUAAAAGGCGACCCAAUUCCUGACGUAGACUGGGUGAAUAAUGGGCACAUAAUCGAAAGAGAUCCUCGUAAAAGCAAACAGAAGUACAUUACAUUCAAAAACACUACUGAUGGUUACACUUGGAAUAACCUAACCAUCACUAACGUGAAUUACAGAGACCGGGGAGAAUAUAAAUGUAUAGCCAAAAAUCCUGGUGGUGAAGAUGAAACUAAUAUCACUUUGAUCGUACCUGCUGGUCCAUUAACAGGUGAUAGGACACCUAGUCCGUUGAGUUCGUCCACUCUGUGGAUCGUAGUAUUAUCCGUUAGUUUACUCGUUAUUCUCCUAAUUGUCCUGUUAUUAGUUUGUUGCUUUUGUAAGAGGAACACGCAUGGAAUGAGUGCCAAAAGAAGGGAACACGCCAAUAGCUCUGAAGAGUACAUCAACAUGAGCAGCGGACAAGCAGAGAUCAAGAAGGGGUUGAUCACCGACGUUAAUCCUGUGACCAAACCGCCACGAGCUACCGUGCCUCCAUCUGUAGUGAGUGGAGGGACCGAAGUUAGCGACGUGAAGAGGAAUUUGCUUGAUAACGAAUCUGUUUUUGAUGGCGACGACGAAUCCCGUUCGUUAGACUUCGACCAACCGCUUCUCCGAAAAUCCCAGAUCCUCAUAGAAUCUCCAGACUACCGACUGAAUAAUCACUACCCACCCGAUCUUCUGCCUUUCCCACCCAGAGGCGCCCAGAUAUCUCCUGCAGCCAGCUCAGCUUCAACAGUGGCGGACACCACCCGUCUACCACCCCACCACGGCCCGCAGUCGCCUCUACACAGCCCCAUCUACGACCAGUUGAACCUCUACCGCACGUUGCCGUACUCCAGGUCGCACUCACCUUUCGUGGGACCACCACCUCGGAUCCCCAGACAGGGUUACGUCACCAUACCUAGACGCCCUAGGCAGCAGAGUUGGAGCUCCGAGCCACCCAACGUGUCGGACUUGACCCCGGAACCCCUGUAUGACAACCUGGGGGCCCGUACCACGGCAGAUGGGGGCGCCAGCACGCCCCGUUCUGUUAGGCAGUUCCCGCUGAGUCCUUCUAACUGCGACCCCAUAGCGGAGACCCACGAAUCUCCUCCCAGCCAGCCAAUUUCCAGCCAAACUCUCCCCAGGAACAUGAAUUCCACCAGACUGACUCCAUCCAGGACGCAGUGGGCCAAGGCCAACGCGGAGGCUCUGAGGAGCCCAGAGAAGCGCAACUCCAUAACGUCAUUGCCUUCGUCCCCAAACCACCAGAACAAGCUCAGCAAAAUACCCCCAACGCCUCCCCCCAAGCCCAAGAAGAGGCUGUCCGCGGGUCCCCUGUUCCAGGACGAAGGCGAGGACGGGACCGAGGUGUGAGAAUGGCUUAAAUCAGUGCUGGUAGCGCUGGUUGUGACUUAAAGAGGACCAAUUUUCCGAACUGUUACCUAUUGAAAGUGUGGACGUCUUCAACACAGGGUUAAAGACUAAUAAUUUAAUGAAUAUUACAGAUGAAUAUAUAUGAAUUACACAGUGCCUUAAAACAACGUGACGAUUUAAUCUAAGUGUUACGAAUCGAACUGUCUUAUGUUUAAAUAACGCUUCGAGUCCCUUGAAUGUAAUGCAUGUUAACCUUUCGGGCUUCCACUUCGACUGACGCUAUAGACAUUAAAUUGGAUGCAACAUGUAGUUAUUUUGUAUUUAUUAGUAUUUUUUUAUAUUGUGAUUAAAGGCGCUAUUGUACAGCCUACGGUUUGAGGUAGGCUACUUGCUUUUGUCAGAUCAGUUUAUUUAUAUAAGGAACUUAUUCGAUGUAUUUAAUUUGCUCAAAAUUUUUUAUAUGUAUGUAUAAUUUUUGUUAUUCUCUAUAAUGUAUACAAGAUAUUUUCCUGAGGUUUGCCUAGAUGCACUGUAAAUAAAAAUAUUGAUCUUAUACCUCUGUCUAAAAUGUACAGUAUCAGAAUCUUUAAAUCAAUAAAACAAUUAAUUUCCUGUA